UAGUCACCCCGUAGUUGUUGUUUUUUAACUAGACAGGUGCUUGUACUUAACCUGUGUACCUUGUACUUUUAGAUCAAACUCCCCAACGGUCCAACACGGAGAGUGGAUUGAUGCCUAAGUUGGGUGUCUUGGAAUUUGGAUGGAGCUUUUGAAGGCUGCACAGCGCAGAGGUGUUACAGUUUGCUGUGGUAGGGCAUUCCGAAGAAAAGUGGCUUUAGAAAAAAAUGACUGGAUAAAUUAAGGGGGUAGAUGUAUGAUGCAUGGUGGCCUUCAAACUGCUUGUCGUGGGUUCUCCUGGAUCUGGUAGUUUUCUGUCAAUGUCGAUGUCCUACAUGUAGUUAAGCUGGAGUGUGGCUAGUCGUUGCGUCUGUCACCUGGUCUCAAUGCAUGGGAUUCCGAAUGGAUUUGGCUCUGAAGGAGUGGCCACACACAUGACACACAAACCUGGCUACUCUUCGUUGAACUUUUUGAAGGACAUUCCCAGAUUUUCUUGGUUCCUGGGUUCCAAGCGGCAGAGGCAUACUCCUCUGUGGUUGGACAUUGGUUUGGUCGUAUUUUGCUCAAUGCAGCAAGGCAAGUACUGGUGCAUGUGUUGAUGAAUAUGAAUGUAUUUACUGAAGCUUUCGUGAAGGUUUCAAUUGAAUGUGUGUGCUGUGUACUACCGCUAACGUGUACAGAAAUGGAAUCGUAAUAUAAGUGUAUACAUGAACUGGAGUUGCCCUGCUUUUUACAUGUACAUCUAUGUUUUGGAUAAGAGAAGCAAAACCUGUAUGUGAACCAGUCAACUUCCAUCUGAGCUGUUGCGGAACAUUUUUUAGUUCUUCAAUGACCAAUACUUAACGCGAUAAGAUGGCUGCAUAUCGCCUCAAGUUGCGACUCCUUACAGUCGUGCUCUUCGCCAUUGCAGCUCUAGUUUCCUACAGUGCUCUACAACAGUCAUCCCGUCUUUUCCGGCAAUUGGAAGUGGACAGUUUGGAGGAGUUUCCUGGACAACCACAUCCACGAGAUGUCAAACCUACUGACCACAAAAAACGUGGAAUCCCUGUCGUCGAUAAGGGGAAAUCAAAUGAGAAACCGGGCGACGGCCCGCAAUUCGAACGGAAUCAUCCGGGAAACGUUUCAGGAGCUGUUCAACCAAAGUGCAGCGCCACCGUUACGAUUUUGGUACCGUCGAUGCGGCCGUUCAAAGCGUGGAGGGAGUAUGAGCACCUCAUGAGCGAGUUCUCACACCACUCCACCCAGCUGGGCGACGCCAACCUGAGGAGUCUUCACUUGCAGUGUCCAAGUCAGCGCUGUGACGUCGAUAUCCGAGUCACGACGGAUGAAGAGUAUCUGAACACUUCCGAUGCAGUUAUCGUGAACAUGUUUCCGAAUGCUUUGAAGGAUAAUCUUCUUGACUUUCUGUCCCAUCUCAGACAAAUCUUGCAUCCCAAGACUCACUGGUUUUUCUACGGAGUGGAGAGCCCGCAGAUGAUGACGUACUGGGAUCCUAAUAUCGCAGAGAUCCAGUACCACCACUCGAUUACGUACCACUCGGAAGCAGACAUCAGGCUCCCGUACGGCAGAUACUUGCCCAACCGUCGUUCUGACCAGAGGUCAUCGACGACGACGCGAGACUGGUCGGCCAAUAAGACGGCCCUGAUCGCCUGGAUGGCCAGCAACUGCGACAACACCUUCUGGCCUCGCUACGAGUUCGUGAUCGAGUUGAAAAAGCACGUCCCGGUCGACAUGUACGGCGGCUGCGGGACUCUGACGUGCCUUCCUGCCAUGUCCGAGAAGUGCACGAAUCUCGUGGCUGGCUACAAGUUCUAUCUCUCGCUGGAGAAUGCCGAGUGCGACGAGUACAUCACCGAGAAAGUUUGGAGUAAUGCUCUGCUCCAGGGAGCGGUGCCUGUCGUUUACGGGGGCAGAAAGGAGGCGUACCAACAGAUCUUGCCUCCCAAAUCCUUCAUCCACAUCGGUGACUUCGACUCCGUUCAGCACCUGGCGUCGUAUCUGCAAAUACUCGACCAGAACGAUAACAUGUACAAUAUGUACCAUGCUUGGCGCGAACGCGGCAGUGUUCAGGCCGUGUACCCGCCAUUGGACCCGCAGCUGUUUUGCGAAGUGGUGCCUUUUGUGUUAACCCCACCCCCUGCGUUUAGAACAGUGAAGAAUAGUGGCUACUUCAAGGCUUGCAAAAGUAGGACUGGAACUUUUGUAGACAAGGAUUCAUUGAAAUCAUUUGUUGCAUGGGAGUAGGCAACGUUUGGGAAAGAACGUAGUAUCCAGACGCCACUUCCGCGGUUGUGUACAAACUGCAUAGAGAGUCAAGAACAUUUUCAAAAGUAUUUCCGAACAAAAUUGGAAUGUUUCUCAGUCCCAGAUUCAUGUCUUUUCAACAUUCAUUGCAAUGAUUGACCUUCAUUGAGAUGAUAUAUGAUGAACAAAAGAGGUGUCAGGAUGCAAGGUUCUUUCCAAAGUUUGUGUAUAGUCUGGCCUAGGGCCUGAUUACACUAGAACUUCCAGUAGAAGCAUGAUUAAAGGGAAUAUACAACAUUUGCAAACAUCGA